GAGUGAAUGGAGAUGUAGAGGCACGGGAUCCUCAAUUUAAGCACAUAUUUGAUCACAAGAUCCAAGGAUUAUGUUACCUCGUGUUAACCAACUGGAGAGUCGCCAGAAGACCUGAUGUACUGUUUUUCUUGGUAGAUAAAUACAAUGUCAGAGCAGUACAACCGAGCUCAAAUCAACACAGCCGAGAAGCUCAGUUGUGAGCUUGAUCGGUUGCUUGACUUCUUGGAUGCAAGAGCUACUAGAGAGUUGCAGAAAGAACUCAUGGGCGGAAGUAACUUCAUAAAAGAGGCACGGUUGUUCUUUUCUGCAUCAAAUCAGCUUGUUGCACGAUUUAAAGAUGCUCGGGAAGUAAAGGAAAUUAGGAAGAAACUUAAUUCCAUUACAAUUGACCAUGCUCAGAUUGGUCGCAUUAGCUGCUUUCCAAGUCCAAGUCAAACACGGGCAUGGAGCAUUCAAAGAGCUGCGACAUCUCAUGAUAUCAUAACUGAUUUGGUCAUUGGGAGAGAUGAUGAUAAGGACAACAUUGUUAGCAUGCUGUCUGAGGACGAAGACGAAGAAGCCCUCUCUGUUGUCUCCAUUUUUGGUAUCGGCGGAAUGGGAAAAACAACAUUGGCUUGGUAUGUGUAUAGUGAUGAGAGGGUUAAAUGUUGUUUUGAUGUUCAGUUCUGGGUUCCAACAACUCAGGAUUUUGAUUUAAGGAAGGUGCUUGAAAAUAUAAUAGCAUCAUCAGCAUGUGGUCGUGGUAUAGGGGAAUUGCCUCCCAAUGUAUGUGAUAUGGAUCAGCUCUUUCAUCAUUUUCGCCGAGCGAUUGGUGGGAAAAAGUUUCUGCUUGUUUUGGAUAACGUUUGGGAUCACGAGUGUCUGAGGCAAAAGUGGAUAGAUCUGAGAAGCUUGCUAGCAUUUGGGGCUAAUGGGAGUAAGGUUCUCCUUACAACACGUAAUAAAAAAGUAGUUGAAAUCAUGGAUUCUUCCGAUUCUUACAAACUUGGGUAUUUGAAUGAAGAUCACACAUGGCUUCUCUUUCAAAAGUUCGCCUUCACACAACUUCAAGAUCCAGGGGUGGAGGCGAUUGGGAAGGAGAUUGCAAAAUUGUGUCCCAAUGUGCCCCUUGUUAUACGGAGUAUAGGUGGCCUCUUAGCUAGGAAACAUACGAUUCAAGAAUGGCAGACUUUUAGAGAAGAUCAACUUGCAAAUUUUGCUUCUUAUGGGAGUGAAAUUAUGCGUACGCUUAAACUUAGUUACGACCACUUGGAUGCAAGAUUGAAGCUUUGUGUUACGUAUUGUACCUUAUUCGAAAAGGGAGGCUUAUUUCAUUUAGAACAAAUGAUCAAUCGUUGGGUUGCUUUGGGAUAUGUUGAGCCACAGUAUAGGAACCAAAGCUUGGAGGAAGCAGGGGAACAAUAUAUGUUCAUUUUGUGUGAUUGUGGGUUUCUCAAAAUAAGUAACCAUGAUACAGCUGGUAUCAGAUGGAGAUUUAGCAUGGAAAAUGUGAUGUAUGAGCUCGUCCUCUCGCUAGCUGGAUUCAAAUAUAAGGUGGCAGAUUCAAAAACAGAUAAAAUUGACGAAAGGGUUCGCCAUUUGUCUAUCGGCGAAGAGGCGGUGGGCUCAUAUUGGGAAGUGCCUUCCUCAGUAUUCAAAAUCAAACACCUACAAUCGCUUACCAGAGGCAAUUCUUUUUAUAGUGGUAAGAUAAAGGUAAGGAAUUUAUCCAUAUGUGAUAAAUUAAUAUCUAGAUUUAAAAGUUUAAGGGUAUUGGACCUAAAUGGGGUGGGGAUAAAAGAAUUGCCAGCAUCUCUAGGCGAGUUGACCUGCUUGCGGUUUCUAGAUGUGUCUAGUACUGAUAUAGUGAAACUCCCAAAUUCAAUCAUGAAGCUAGUGAAUUUACAAUCACUCUACUUGCAUGAUUCUGUUAACCUUGAGGAGUUGCCAAGGGAUAUGAGCAAGUUGGUGAACCUGAGACAGUUUUCGUUAGGAGGGAUUGACAAAUUGACUCAUAUGCCCACGGGAUUGGAGAAAUUGACAAAUCUUAGAUCAUUAGAUGUGUUCAUAGUGAGUGAAGAUGUUGAAUCGGAGGCUAAUCAUGUUGUGGGUAAAUUAGCAGACAUAAAUCAGCUUAACAAUCUAAGUGGAGGGUUGUGUAUUGAUGUGUGUAGACAGUCCAAAUACAUAGUGUCAUCAGAUAUUAGUGCAGUAAACUUGAAGAUGAAAGAGAACCUCCUAGAGCUGUUUAUAAAUUUGAACUAUGGCACAGAAGAGGAUGAGAGGGUGUUAGAAGGUCUCCAGCCCCAUUCGAAUGUGCGGGUUCUCCGUAUAAAGGGUUAUGGAGGGGAGAGGUUACCAAGCUGGAUGAUGGAUCAACAGCUAGAGAAUCACCUUCCUAAUUUGGUUGAAAUUUAUUUAAAAAAUUGUAAAAUAUGCAGAUAUCUUUGCUCCUUUGGAAGGCUCCCUCGUCUGAAACUGCUCUCUCUCGAAGGGUUAGACAAUGUGGAGUAUAUUGAGGACGACGACACUAGUAGGGACAAUUCUAACUGUAAUGAGAAUAUCGUGGAUCCGCUAUUCCCUAGACUUAGAUCACUCAUGGUUUGGAGAAUGCCGAAAUUGAAGGGAUGGUGGAGGAUAUUGUCAAGCGGUAAACAAGAUUCGAAGGAGCAACUUCAGAAUCAUUAUCAUCUUGUUAAAUGGAAGCUUGCAUUUCCCAAGUUAAAAAGUCUGAGUGUGGAUAGUGUGGAGUCGGCAAUUACAGUCGCAAAGCAGCACUUGGGGGGUUUAACAACCGUAGAAUCUCUCUUCCUUGUCAAUAAGUUGGUAAUUGGUGAACAACAAGAAGUUAUCCCCUUAAACAGCUGCUUUCCCAACCUCCGCUUUUUGUAUUUUUCUCAUGCGGAAGAGUUAGAGGUUCUUCCGAAGAGUAUUCGAGAUUUAUCUACAUUGGAACUGGAAGGUCUGAGUAUCUGCAAUUGUAGACGAUUGAAGGCAAUACCAGAAUGGAUCGACUGCCUCACCUCCCUACACACACUUGAUUUGUCAUACUGCCCAAGAUUGGAAUCACUGCCACAACAAAUAAGUAACCUCCCCAACUUGAAGAGACUCAUGAUUCGUGAAUGCCCCAUACUUACGGAGAGGUGCAAGAGCCCAGAUGGGGAAUACUGGCCCUUUAUUCAACAUAUUCCUCGUGUAUCUAUUUACCCGUGAGAGGAACUUGGUAAUGUUGUGAAUAAAUCAAUUGUUAUGCUGCAUCUCUGUUCAUGCAACAGGAGACAUUUGUAAAAGAAAA